ACCGCCUGCUCGGAAACAGUAAUGGCAGUUGCAGAAUUACCCAAUAAAUUAAGCGAAUUACACGGACUGGUAUCAUCAACAAGAAGCCAACAUGCAGCUGAAAAAGCUCAAGAGGUUGUUGUUGAUCUGGCGUACAUGUGUCUUCGGCAAAUGCCCGAUAAUGAGAUAGCUUAUUGUUGCUCAGCUUUAUUCAACAAAGAGGAUGGUAUCCUGGUUUGUCUCAACAAAGCAAUCCCCAAAGAUGAGUUCAGAGGCAGUAAGGUCCAGAUACUGGACUUCAUUCAUGGCUUUCUGGGUAAGGCAGGACCACGCCUUCUGCCCCGCCUUGUUGACAUCAAGAAGCUUUGUGUUUCUGCCUUCCUUCGAGACUCAGCAGCCAAGGUCAAGACCAAGUCAUUACCACCACUGAUAGAGGUGCUGCAACUUUCUGCAUCUGCGCGCAUGGAGACAGAACUAGAUAUACCUAAGCUGAUUGAACAAUUCUUCCAGCAACUGAUGCAGCCCGCUAAACUCUCACAAACAGUAAAACAAGGAAUAUUCAGUUUGCUUGGUGUGAUUGCUGAGGUAUAUCCGGUCCAGAUGUCUGCCUAUGCUGACCGUCUUCUCAAUGUGUAUAUCUCAACUCUAAACCAACAGAUGACCUCAAAGACCAAGAAACCAGAGAUGUCUGUAAUCGCUGGCUGCUUGACCGGUCUGAGCCACUUCCUCGUCAACUUCACUCAGUCUGUUGAAGAAGAAGCCAAACAUUCCAAGAGUAUCUACCGAUUUGCCUGUUUGGCCAUUGAUCGAAAGGUAGACCAUUCUCGUUAUGAAGUCAACAGAGCUGGGCUCCAAAUCUUUGCCAAACAUGCUGCUCAGUUUAACAAGUAUAUAUACGAGGACCACCAGGAGCUGUAUGAAGCGUUUGAUCAUUGGAGUAGUCAUAGCAAUAUUUUAGUGAAGACAGUAGGCUUUGCUGCACAGGAAGCCUUCUUACAACAGAUGGCGGACAUGUUGGUUGAGAAGGCAGCUGAGAAAGACUCCUCUGACAUGGCUGUGUUCAGGUUCUUUGUGCAGCGAUUCCGUGGCGUGAUUGAUAAUCCGCAUAGUAGUGCAAGGUCUUUGUCUUCGGCUAUCAGGGGCUAUGGCUUCUUUGCUGCGCCAUGCAAGUUAUUCAUGACGGAGGAUGAUGUUCGAUUCAUGUUCAAUGAAAUGAUGCAAAAGAGUGAGCAGCUUUACCUUCAGCAGGGAGAAGUCUCUGAUGACAAACUGGUUCAACUGCCAAGUUUCCUGGAGGCUCUUGCCAGUAUUAUUCAACAACUUGAUGUGCUUUCGGAUACAUUCCUAGCAGCUCUUGAACGUCUCAUGAUUGUUCAAAUCGGUAGCUAUCCACGAAUGCCACACAGACACCGGUUCCUUUGUGAUAGGUCUGUUCUACUCAUUCUCAUAGCAUUGGCUCCCAAAGGACCAACACUCAAGAAUUUCCUGUCAAAAGUUGUUUACCAAGCACUGGUCCGAACAUGUUCACACCCUGUAACACUUGAACAAGGAACCCAACGAGAUGACAGCAAUCCAGACACAUCAAACACUGAAGCAGAUGAUGAGGCGGAUAUAUUGGCUGAUACCAGACGCAUCUCAUACAAAGACUAUGUCAAUCUGUGGGCCAGUCUACUUGAUAGUCCUCAUUUGAAGGAAGUCAAGGCUAUGGGAAUGAGUUAUGGGGAACGUCGUCGCAUUCAUAAGAUCAUCUACGAUGAGUUGAUCUUCUCUAUUCUUAAAAUCCUUGACAAGUUGGACCUAACCUCUAACAAAGACCAGUCACAGCUCCAAGAACAGGGAUCUGUAGACUUGGAUGUAUCAGAAUACUCCUCAUCAGAUCCUCUACAUGGUUUACAAGCUUCUAAACCUAAAGAUUUCCAAAUCUUCAUCAACUUAGUGGACUUCUGUAGGGAUCUACUUCCAGUUCAUCAAACCACUCUGUUUAAGCAAUGGGUUUAUAAGUUUGGUCAUAAAGUCAUCUUACUAUCCAGCAAACUACCACUUGUGAGCGGCUUCUAUAAGCUGUUGACCAUCUGCAUGACCAUCUGCUCUAAGAACCAACAUUUCAAGGCUCUUAAGACACCCAAUGUAAACGUCUUAGAGGAAUCCAUGGAUAUAGACACCCAUCCAUCAUCUCUUGUUCCAUCCAGUGAUCUGAUCGCCUCCUUCACCCUCUUUGCCAAGUUCUCCAAGGAGGUCUUAGUGCGUCUCAAGCAGUACAAAGAUGAUCUCUUAGCAUCUUGUUUAUUUCUUGUGCUCUCACUGCCUCAUGAGAUUGUGGAAUCAGAGGUCAUGGAGCUGGUGCCUGCCUUGCAGAUGACUUUCCGCCUUGGAUUGAGUUACCUGCCGUUGGUUGAAGCCGGACUGGCUGCUUUAGAAGGCUGGAUGCAACACCUCCCUCUAGAUUCCCUACGUCCGUAUCUUCAAGAGAUCUUACCACUCCUAGAUGGAUAUCUCAAUGCUACGGUCAUUCAAGGUGAUGAUAAAGAAGCUACUAAGACUGUUAUCAUGGUAACUGCAUCCGAGAAAGGAAAUCGCCAAAGGAAGAUACCUGUUAGACUACUCAACGAUGCUGGCAAAACAGACCCGACCCAAGAUUCGCCUCUUCGUAGUGUGCAGUGUCGCAUUAUACAACUUCUGGGGUCACUUGGAGGUCAAACCAAUGAAUGGUUGCUAGAGACUAGCCCGGAUGAGAUCGCUAAGGUCGCUGUAGCCUGGGAUACAGAGCCUCGACUUCAGUUUGCUGUUCCCUUCGUUGAUAUGAAACCGACUAUUGAGCUUGAUCGAUUUCUGCCAAGGGUUGCUGAUCUAGCAUUGACAUCUAGUGAUCGUCAGACUAAAGUAGCUGCUUGUGAGUCGCUACACACCCUGGUGUUAUACAUGCUGGGAAAAGGAACUCAACAGCCUGCUGGAAGACAAGCUAAAAGUCCUAUGCAGCAUCUAUACCGUAGGAUCUUCCCCGUCCUCCUGCGUCUAGCAUGUGACAUUGAGCAGGUUUCUAGGCAGCUGUUUGAGCCCCUUGUCAUGCAGCUCAUUCAUUGGUUUACCGGCAACAAGACGUUUGAGAGUGAGGAGACUAUAGCUCUACUGAAGGCACUGCUGGAUGGUGUGAUUCAUCCAACUGACACAUCGCUGAGGGAUAUCUGCGCCCGUUGUCUCAGAGAGUUUUUGAGUUGGUCAAUUAAGCAGACGUCAAAGGAACAACAAGACAAGAGUCCCAAUAAUGCCAAGUCUCUAUUGAAGAGAAUUUACAGCAUGGCUCUACAUCCCAGCACAUUCAAACGACUGGGAGCAGCUCUGGCAUUCAACCAUAUCUACACUGUCUUUCGUGAGGAGGAUUCCCUAGUGGACCAGUUUGUGUUUGAGAUUCUAGUAACGUUUAUCAACAGUCUGGCGCUAGCUCAUCAUGAUGACAAGGCCAUCGGAACUCAACUUCAUGGUGUGCAAGUACUGAGUCACUUAGAAAGGAUCAUUCGGGUUAAAGCUGAUUUAUUGAACAAACAGCGCCCAAAUAGAAGAACUCCAAGAGAGUUGUCAUCGGAUGUAAGCCCAACCUUGAGUGUCUUGGUAAUCUGGUUACUGCGUCAAUGUGGCAGACCUCAGACUGAGUGUAGACAUCAGUGUAUGAUGCUUAUCUAUAAGCUUACACCGCUGCUACCGGGUCGUAAUACACCACAGACAUGGAUGCAGAACACACUGAAAGAGAAGGGACCAGACUACUUUAUAUCCAGAUUUGAAGGUGGUGGAAUGAAAGGAUCCAAUUCCAGUGGUAUUGCCAAGUAUACAACCCUUGCCUCCAUGGGGCAGACAUUCUCCGUUAAGCUGGCCUGUACCUGGUUUGAUCACCUGCUAGCUGCUCUUGACUGCUAUACCUGGGUCCUUGGAGAGAAACUCUUGGCACCAACAGCAGUUUUCACUGAUGCAGCGAAGCGCCCUUCAGUGCUCUUCCAAUCCCUGAAUUACUUCUUGACCAGCCUGAGUCUUCUUGACAUCAAUGGAGCUUCUCAGAGUCUUAGUGGAGGAGGGAGGAAGGCUUCGUCAUCCUCUCAUCACAUCUUCACUCCGAGGGAGUCGGAGGAGUAUAGUCAAGGCAAGUGUACUGUGGUGGUUCGACUCUGGGACUUCCUGACAGUACUGAUGGGCAACUAUCCAACUGAGGCAGUUAAGGUCAUUCCUAAGUCAAUUUGGCAAGGAGGGUUGUUGAAACUGCUGAUCUCAUGCGUCUUACAACCAUCGCUGGUAGGAUUUAACAUGGCUGACGUGGAAAUCAUGAACAAUCUUCCCAAAACGACUGGCCAGCUGCUGAAACUAUUGUCAAGAUCUCUGCCUGCCAAUAUGAAAAGUGAUAUUUUUGAAGCUGUAACAACCAGUAUCACUCAAAACAGUCAACAUGAUUUGGUGAAGCUUCUCCCAACCAUGUUCAGUGGUACAGAGGAAAUGGCCCUUGACCAUGGACAGCUGAGUCACCUUGUUGGUGGCUAUGAUCAACUUCAUCAGGCAAAUCUUCUCUCAACAGUGACUGCAGGCGUGGGUAGUGGUAGUUCCUUUUCUGUCCAACUGCUUCACUGUGUAUUCAACUGUCUCACAACGACACAAGAGGACGGCAGACUUGUUGCAUCUAAUCUAACCCCACUAUCUGUGGAGCUUGGUGGACGCCUUUUGGAUCUGGCCUUUCAGUUGGGUAUUGAGCCUAAGGCACUAGUAGCCUGCCUGAUUGACAAGACACAACUCUCUAGCUAUGGAGUCUUAUCUCACUCAAGCAUCUCCUCCAGUAAAGGAAUCCUCUUCUACUCCUCCUUCAAGACCUUACUAAACAUUGAGAUUGCAAGACACGCACAGAAGACUGUCCCAUUGUUGACUAGAGAGGGCGGUAGAGAUACCAGCCUUGUAAGCAGUGUACUCAAUGGUCUGCUGGACCAGAUAACAAGCAGCCGGGAUGUCAGGAAAAAAUAUGGGAUGGCGGUUCACAGUGCCAUACUAACUCAGUGGAGCGCCCUCAUGGGCCAUUUGAAGAAAGGUUGUGAGCCAGAACUGCAGAGCUUUGCGUUACUCUUGCUGCGUAAGCUUCUUCAGAUUGAUGCAAAGUUUGUGAAUGAUGCCAGUCAUCCUGUAUUCAGGUCUGUACUGGAUGCCUACACCCUCAUGCUUACUGAUCCAUCAACAACUCUGACCUUCAAGACACAGGCUCUGGAUAUUUUGUUUUUCUUCACUGGUUUACCAAAGACAGAGUUGGCACUACUCAAAUCAUCGCUAGAUAGACUCGUUGCUGAUAACUUCCCUCUGAAGUCAUCUGAGUUCCAUGUUGGAAGUCCUAAAUACAAUGAUUAUAUUGCUGCUUUUAAUAAGAUUCUGACCUCUAUGGUGUUGGCUGGUGACCUCAUGCUUCUUGAGUUACUCAUUAGCAUCAUGUGUAGAGACGACAAACACGUGUGCGAAGAAGAGAUACAAGAGUCACUGGCGUCCUUUAUUAAACGACUACCAGAAGACAAGCAAACAGCAGCCUUUGAAGUCGCCUACAAGAUCUUCCAGCAAGACAAGAGUUAUAACAAAGAGAUACGCGGAGCUGCAAUAGAGAGAGUUUGUAUUCCUCUGAUGAGACUAGCCGGAGUAGGAGCUAUACAAAACUUCUUCAAGGAACACAUCGGGGAGAUGGUGUCGACGAUUGACGCCAAACCAACCAAGGUAUCAGAGUCAGCAUUCCAGGGCCAACUAGUCUCUAAGACCUGCUGCUUCCAGCUUGUUGACUUGAUGUACUCUCGCCUCACUAAGGAUGAUCUCUUCUCGAUGAGCUCAGUGAUCAACAAGGCUUACAUUGAGGAUGUCAAGACAGGAAAAGAAAUGACUCAGGCUUUAACAAAAGCUAGCCACAGUGCUAAAAGUGAAGACAUUCGAGGUGAGACAAACUCUCUAGAGCUACGUCGACUGCUCCACUGUGCAGCUUACAAUGCCCUCAUAGCCAUCAUCACAUGUACUCAAACCGAUAUCAAAUUCUACAAUGCGUUUCUCUUCUCUGAAAACCCAGCCAAGGGCCAGUUUUUAUUGGACAAUCUGGUGGAUACACAGAGAAGUUACACCUUUGAGAUUGAAAUGAAUGCCCCAAUGGAACGCAAGAAGCGAUUUGUGUCUAUCCGCAACCAAGUACGUGAUGCCACAAGUUCAUCCAGUGACUCCGGUCUUGGCGUGUAUACAGGUCCAGGACGUUACUUGUCCUCACAAUACCUGACUAACAGCAGCUUGAGUGAAGACAUCCAGCAGUUUGAUUUCUCCAGUGGUGUUCAGCAAUUUAGUCCCUCUUCAGAUCAGAGCUUUAGUCAGAGAGGACUCGUCACUCAGCCUAGGAAGAAAUACAUUGAUGAGGAAAAACCUACAGUCGUAGUCCAAGGUGAAUACAUUGAGAUGGAGUCUGAUGCCCUGAAUCAACAUGAGUGUAUGGCAUCUAUAACAGCUCUACUCAAACACAUGCAGACUAACAAGAUAACACCAGAGGUUGCCAAGGGGGCUAAACCAACGGAAAUGCCAGGUUGGAUGGCCAAUUUGCAGAAGAAACUGUCCAGUCAUUCAACGCCCGUAAACAUCAAAUUAUUCAUCGCAAGAUUGAUCAUCAAUAACAACGAGGUGUUUGAGCCCUAUGCCAAGUUUUGGCUAAGUGGACUAAUACAGUUAGUGGUGAAUGGAAACACAGGCGGAGAUGGGAUUCAUUACAUGGUAGUGGACAUUGUAGUGGUGCUUCUUGGUUGGGCUAAGGUUGCUAUACCAGAGGAGAAGCGGUUAGCAAAUCGAUUGCUAGAGUUCCUGAUGCAUUUCUGUCACCAUAGCAACAUGAGAGUGUUACGCAACAAUCUGGAGAUGGUCAAGACUCUUGUUGAAUGCUGGAGGGAGAUCAUCACUGUACCUACAAAUGAGAUUUUUAGCGGUCUUUCAAACAAAGAUUUGGACAAGAAAGACAACGCUACAGGUAUCCAGCUUCUUGGUUUGAUUCUCGCUAAUGGAUUUCAUCCGAUUGAUCGAGACUCGGAUAUAGAUGAGGACAGGUUUUAUGCAGCUUUGGCGUUCAAUUUAAAGUGUCGUUUCAAGAUUGUGCAUGCAGCGGCAGCUGAGGUGAUUGGUAUGGCCAUGAAGCAGAAAGCUGAGAUUGAUAAGGUGACGGAGGGCUAUUUACAUUCUACAGUCUCCACAGAGCUAUCUCAGCUUUGUGGAGUCAGACCAGAUAUUUUCACGAUAUGCAUCCACAAAAUACAUCUGCAUUAUCCAGAGUUUGCUGAUAGUUUCCUGAACAAGCUGCUGUUCAUGUUACCGUCACUGUAUGGUCAGCCCAGGACUCUAUGCUUAGAGGUCAUUGCAACCAGAUCCAUCCAUAUUCCUAAAUUAUUCAUGGAGAUGAAAAGCAAAGGAAUUGUCCAGAUGUUGACUCACAGGGAUGAAGACACCCAGCUGGCAUCUCUCAAACUAAUCAACGGAAUGCUACCCAACCUGAAGCCAACCGAGAUCCUGGACAUUCUACCAGCAGUGAGGGCGCUAUUCAACAUCCCUAGCCCUGCCUGUAGAGCGGUCAUGUAUGACAUUCUCAUGUGGAUCUAUGAUAACUUCAGGGAUGAAGAAUCUCGUCGAGAAGAUGGGACUGAUGAUUUACUGAGUAUGACUAAAGACACUCUGCUACAAGGGUUGUCAGACACAGAAGCCAGUCUUAGCCUGAGAGUAAGCAAUUUUUGGAGUCAUGAAACCAGACUUCCAAUCGGUACUCUGGAGAGGCUUGUUGCUAUGCUAGAAUGCAUGUAUUCUGCAGGGACCGAGCACCAGUAUCUGAGCUAUGCCACCAGUCUACUUCUAGAAAUGACAUCCAAGAGUCCCGACUACAAGCGAGAAAUCUUUGAACAUCCGCUCUCAGAAUGCAAAUUCCAGGAUGUGAUGAUUGACCAUUCGUGGAAGCAGCGACACGUAGCUAUCUCCACACCGAUGUUUGUAGAGACACAAUCCAGUCAAAGCUCCUCUGGUUCCCCAUCACAAACCCCCUCGGAUGGUACUCUGGGGCUUAGAGGGGAGAUACGAGCCACUCAGGAUGGGAACCAGUUCACUGCUACACAGGAUCUAGAUGCUGUUGCAAGUCGUAAGAAUGCCUACAAUUGGCUUACUGGGAGUCAGGAUACAUUUGCCGAUUACUCUUCAAGUUCAGCUUCAGACCAAUCCAGUCUCCUCUUCACGAUCGGAGCAGGUCGGAAGUCUGGUCGAGACAGACGAGCAGCCAACAAGAAAGCGACUGACCCUGGGUUUGGACAAGCUGCAACAAAUCAACAAAGAGGAACCGAUGAAUCGGACUCCGGGAAAGCAGGAAGUUCUGAUGCAAAGGAAGUGAACCGUCUGAAGCGAAGAUUUCUCAAAGAUCAGACGAACGAGCGAGUGUACUUUGCACGGAGGGAAAUGAAACGCAGUGAAUUGAAAAAGAAAUACUUGGAUGAGCAGAGAGAGCGUAAGUUCAGCACUGUGACAAUGUAUAGAAGAUAUCGAGCUGGUGACUUACCGGAUAUCCAGAUCAAACAUUCAGAUUUAAUCGCUCCACUACAAGCUCUUGCACAGCGAGAUGCUACGAUGGCCAAACUUCUCUUCAGCUCUCUCUUCAAGGGAAUCUUCUCACAGAUUGAAGACAUUAAAACCGAGCGAGAAGCUACAGCCAUGAAAUCAGAUAUAGACAAGCACCUGAAUACAAUGCUCUCAUUCUCAACUCAGUUCUCCCCUCAGUUCAUCAGCUGCAUACAGGAGGUUGGCUACUACCAUUCUAAACAAUUGACCCUUGACCCUUCAUCUGUGAGCACAGCCAGUCUGACCAGUCAGCAGCUCCACAUGGGUAUUCGUCUUCUUGAGGAGAACUUGAUUAUGAAGACAUGGGAGGAGGAAAGGAGUAGUAAAAGAGCUAGGGGGUCCACCAAGGGCCCCUCCCCGGAAAUCAGCACCUGGAUUGAAUUAGCAAGGCUCUACAAAGCCCUGGGUGAGUUUGAUGCAGUACAGGGUAUAUUCAGUGGUGGUAUUGGUACCCAUGAGAUUACCAAGACAGCGCUGGAGGCGGAGUCUAGAGGUGAUUAUUCAGCCGCUGUGAAACUCUACAACCAGGCAUUUGAAACAGACUGGGCGGAAGGAUCAGUUCCUCAAGUUGAAGAAGAUCUUUGGGACGAGUCAAGGCUUAAUUGCUGUAAUCAGUUGACGCAGUGGAAGGAUGUUCAGAAUUACUCCACUGUGAACAUCGAUGAGAAAACUCCACCGGAUCUAAACAAGAUGUGGACAGAUGCGUUCUAUCAGGAGCAAUAUAUGCCUCAUAUGAUCCGCAGUAUGUUGAAACAACUAAUGGAAGGAGGGGAGGAUGAUUCUUUGCUGCGGUUUGUUGAUGAGUCAAUGCAAGAUACUGAGAGGCGAGCUUUCUUGGAGUCUCGUUACAGUGAGGAGCUGUGUUGUUUGUACACAAUUCAAGAAGACUAUGACAGGGCUAUGUUUUACAUGGCCAACUGUAGACAGGCCUUUCUGCAGGAUUGGUCCGGUCUAGGUCCGUUAAUGACAUCCAGUCGGAAAGCCAAACUUCAGUCUCUACAGCCUCUCACUGAAACUCAUGAGUUUCUUCAACUUGCUGUUAAGGCUAAUUUGGCCGGCACCAGUGGCAUUGAGCAGUCGUUAUCACUCAUUGAUCGUUGGGGUCAUUGCACUUUGGAUCCAAAGAAGAAUCCUACUAGUAUCUGGGAUGAUGUCGUAUCACACAGGUAUCUGUACAUGGACAAGCUUGCUAAUCGGUUUAUCCGUUCAGCUUCGCAACAGAGCAGCUCACAGGGUGAUCAAGAGGCGACGUUUGAGGACAGGAUUGUGAAGGAAAGACUAUGGCUAGGUCUCAAAAUGGCUGACAGUGCUUGCCAACAGGGAAACUUCAGUGUUGCACAGAAGCAUCUGAAAGCUACCUAUGGAAGUUUAUCAUCACAUGAGGACUUACGACCUCUUUGGACUCAUUCCUAUGUGCAAAUGCAUCAACAGAAGGCAGUUACACUUGACCUCAAUGAGCAGAUCACGACCCUUCUAACGACCUUUGACCCGCUAGCCAAGCUGUCUGACUCCCCAGCCUUAACUGGAGACCACAGUCUCGCCAGAAAACAUCAGAUACUCUCCAGCAAGUCACAUGACCUGGUGGCGUCUGCCAUACUUGAAGGAGGAACCGAAGUAGUGACUCGAUUACGGACUGCAGGAAAGUUGGAUAAACUUCUAGCAGUGGUUGGUCAUCGAGGUAUGCGACCAGAUCAGAUUUGUAGUACACUGUUUACCAAGGCAUACAGUGAACUAGAUCAAUCUGUUCAACUGGCCGACAAAGAUCACGUUGGUUCCACAAACUCAAAGACAAGUAUCACAUCAGCGUAUAUGGCACUAGUCGGCUUCUGUGAUAAGAUGCUACGACUACAGGACUCAGGGGACGUUUCCAGUGCAAGCCUGCCCUCAAUGGAUGCCUACUCUCAGACAGUGGUCCGGUACACUCUGAAAGCAAUGCAUUAUGGGUCUGAUGAGGCAAUGCAGCGUUAUCCUCGCUUACUACAACUUGUAGAAUCCUGUCCAGAGUCCAUGCAGCUAAUGAUCAAAGAGGUAUCUGACGUCCCAUCCUGGAUGUUCAUUGGUUGGAUCAGUCAGAUGGUUGCUCUUCUUGACAAAUCAGAGGGCCCAGCAGUUCAUGGCAUCUUGACGGAGAUUGCCAAGGAAUACCCGCAGGCUCUGUGCUACCCUUUCAAGAUCAGCAGCGAAUGUUUUGAGUUUGACAGUUCUGCCGUCGGCAAGAAGAACCGUUCUGCCGUUGAGAAUAUCAGAGCUGCAUUAGAGACAGUUCCGCUUGAGAGUUUGAUUGCAGCGCUGGAGCAACUCAGCAAUCCAGAAUUUGUAUUCAAGGACUGGGUUGAGGAUGAAAUGAAGCCGUUGUUGAGUGCGAGUAAACAAGACAAGACAAAGAUCCGUCAAGCCUGUAAAGAUAUCUACAAUCAACUGCUAGAUUAUCGAUCUGCACCAUCUGCCCAUAGGGGAUCGCAGGAUGCUCAGAGCUCUCUUAAUGUUGGCUUUGGCAAUUACAGACGACGGUUUGCGCAGGACUGGCAAAAGAAAUUUGAUGCAGCUUUUGGCAAAGAUGGUUCAAAGAUCGUUGAUAUGCCAUGGAAGACAUUUUAUGGCCACUUUGGUAAACUGAACAAAGACAUGACGGCUAAGCGGAGAGACCAUCCUGGUAACCUGAAAGAGUAUUCAUCUUGGUUUGGUGACUUCCAACAACUUGGCUACGACAGAGAAUUGGAAAUACCAGGACAAUAUGGUGGAAGAACCAAGCCGAUGCCGGAGUAUCAUGUCAAGAUAGCAGGUUUUGAUGAAAAGGUGAAAGUGUUAUCCUCCUUGCGGAAACCUAAGACGAUAGUAAUCCGAGGCAAUGAUGAACUGGAGUAUACAUUCCUUGUGAAAGGAGGCGAAGAUUUGAGACAGGACCAGCGUGUGGAACAGCUGUUUGAGAUUAUGAAUGAUAUCCUGGGGCAGGAUGCCGCCUGCAGCCAACGAGGGCUCCGAUUGGUCACUUAUCAGGUCAUCCCCAUGACCCCAAGACUUGGAAUGAUCACCUGGCUUCAACACACGAACACAUUGAAGGAGUUCCUGGACUCGGCCAUGACACAAGAUGAACGGAAAUUGUUGAACGGAAACUCAAGCCAUGGGCCGAGAAGGAAACACAACGAAUGGGUCAGCAAGUAUGCUGGAAACCAGAAUAAUCAACGGGGGCGAUAUGCCGCAGUAUACAAUAAAUCCAACUAUACCGAUACCGUCAAGUCCUUCCGCACUUAUGAAGCACAGGUACCAUGGGAUCUACUCAGGAGAGCCUUUAUGCAACUAAGCGCAUCUCCUGAAGCCUUCUUGACACUGAGGGCACACUUUGCGCGUACACAUGCUGUUAUCUGCAUCUGUCAGUACAUCUUGGGAAUUGGAGAUCGUCACUUGUCAAACUUUUUAGUCAGUUUGAAGACUGGUGGCAUGAUUGGUAUUGACUUUGGACACGCUUUUGGGUCAGCAACGCAGUUUCUGCCGGUCCCUGAGCUGAUGCCAUUCAGAUUGACUCGACAGAUUGUUAAUCUCAUGCUACCAUUCAAGAAAGAAGGUAUCUUACAGAGUAGUAUGGUGCACACCUUACGAGCCCUGAGACAGAACCAUGAACUGCUUAUUAACACCAUGGAUGUCUUCAUUAAGGAGCCCUCGCUUGACUGGAAGUCUAAUGCAAACAAGCAAGCCAAGACCCAACAGGAUGCAGGCCAGAUAACUGAAGGCCAGACUGAGGUAGACGGAAGUAGUCAAGAUGAAGCUUGGUACCCUAAAGAAAAAGUCAACUAUGCAAAAAGGAAAUUACAAGGAGCAAACUCAUCCGACAUAACCAAACGUGAGUUGACCCUUGGCCACAGCCGGAAUGUUGCAUUCAAAGCCUUCAAGAAUGUGGUGCAAGGCGAUCGGAAGGAUAACAUCCGUGCGUCAUGCCCUGAGUCUGGUCUUACCGUUGAGACACAGGUUGCCUGUCUGAUAGACCAAGCAACAGAUCCUAAUCUAUUGGGCCGUGUGUACUGGGGAUGGGAAGCCUGGAUGUAGAGAGAGUGUAUAAAGUCACUGUGGUGGUCCAGUGGUUUGAGUGCAGGACUUGCAAUCACAAGGUUGUGGGUUCAAAUCCUACCAAGCUAACCUUAGCUUAGUGGUUAGACUUGGUCUUGCAAUCGCAAGGUUGUGGGUUUGAAUCCUACCAAGCUAACCUAGGUCUAGUGGUUAGACUGCAGGACUUGCAAUCACAAGGUUGUGGGUUUGAAUCCUACCAAGCUAACCUUAGCUUAGUGGUUAGACUUGGUCUUGCAAUCAGAAGGUUGUGGAUUCGAACCCUACCAAGCUAACCUUGGUCUAGUGGUUAGACUGCAAGACUUGCAAUCACAAGGCUGUGGGUUUGAAUCCUACCAAGCUAACCUUAGCUUAGUGGUUAGACUUGGUCUUGCAAUCAGAAGGUUGUGGAUUCGAACCCUACCAAGCUAACCUUGGUCUAGUGGUUAGACUGCAGGACUUGCAAUCACAAGGCUGUGGGUUUGAAUCCUACCAAGCUAACCUUAGCUUAGUGGUUAGACUUGGUCUUGCAAUCAGAAGGUUGUGGAUUCGAACCCUACCAAGCUAACCUUGGUCUAGUGGUUAGACUGCAGGACUUGCAAUCACAAGGCUGUGGGUUUGAAUCCUACCAAGCUAACCUUAGCUUAGUGGUUAGACUUGGUCUUGCAAUCAGAAGGUUGUGGAUUCGAACCCUACCAAGCUAACCUUGGUCUAGUGGUUAGACUGCAGGACUUGCAAUCACAAGGCUGUGGGUUUGAAUCCUA